CUUAUUCAAUGGAAGAUCGUCAAGAAGAUGCUGACCUGAACAUCGAAAGUACUGCUCAAGCGGAAAAUACUGACGUGGAUGUUGAAGAGCCUUCAUCUUCUUCGAAUCCUGCAGCGGGAAAGCCCCCACGGCAAGGUUCUCCUGUUCCUCCGAAGACGCUUUAUAAAAGUACAACCGGGAAAGGCGUUGCAUUCACUCCAGAAGAUGUCUCAAUCAGUGGAACCUCUCGAUAUGGUGGAAUUCUGGAACGAUCUCUGGGAACGAGUGAGUCCGCACAUACCUCCAUCUACCACCGCUCACAUUCACAGGCACCUCAUCAUUCAAGGGCUUCAUGGAUGAAGUAUUGGCGGCGUCACCGCCACGAGCUUGAACCUAAGGGGGAUCAACCGACUCCUCCCGUCAAUGUGGCCCCACAAAAGAAGUCACGUUACACCCGCAAAGACGACAUUUUACUCGCUAAAUAUUUCUUUGAGGCUGAAGGAGCGGAUCAUCAAGAAAGGAAGACAUCUGAUGCUAUUUUCCAAGAAUUUGCUGCAGUGGUUCGUAACCUUUCCUCACAUAAUCAGGUGUAUUGA